AUGCAUAAAUCGUCUUUGGAUAAUCCACCUUUAAAUUCACCGCCAACCGCUGCUUCGACAACGGGACAAGAACGUUCCACUCAAAGAAGACCAAUAGUUAGCGGCCCACAGCAAACUCAAGUUAUACAAACGAACGUUCCCAUUCAGGCAAUACGACCAAAUCUUCAACAAGUCUCCAGUGCUCAACAAAAUGUCAUGCAACCGGUGAACCUCAGUUUUUCUCAAAAUCCAGAUCAAAUGAAUAUUAUGCAAGUGAUAAAACAUAAUCCACAACAAACGCAACCUAUUAUGUCAAAUUCAGGAACGUUAGCGUUGCAAAAUGUCGCGGGAAUCCCAAUCAGUAUGGCGAAUUCGGCAAGAGCACCGCCGGUACAACCGAACUCCACGCAGACACAGGUUGUUCCUUUAAUGAACAAUUCUAUUUACGGUUCCCACACAGAUACUUAUAGAAGCAUGAGCGCUUCUCCAAGUAUAACUGCUAGACCUAUUGGAAUGAGUCCAUUCGAAAAUAUGGCAAAUACACCACCGAUUCAACACAGCUUCAACUCUUCAAUUCACCAUAACUCUCAACAGCAAAAUCCAUUGAUGCUGCAAUCUACACGUAUGACAACGCCCGCAGUAACGAAUGAAUUACCUUCCAGUUCAAAUCGCCCUGUUCAUCCUUCCAUGCCAUUGAAUGUCAAUUUACAGGAACAAAGAACACAACCAGCAAACCAAGCCCCAUCCCCGCAGAUUUUAUCUGCUUCUGCCCCGCAUCAAUCAAUGCAGCGUGAACGUUCUAUUCAAGGAACAUCAACAAAGCCAAUACCAUUAAUACGUCCGGCCGAGUCACCUCGUUCAAUUAUGGAUUCUCAGCCUCUUCAAACUUCCACACAUACGUCGACUCGUAAUACUGCUCGUCAAGAUGUUUCAGAUGGUAUUUCGCAGUCAAUUCUACAAAAUACUCAGCCAUUAACUGUACAUUCCACAGUUCGCACCGUACAGCAGACGUCAGGACAUAAUUCUCAUCGUGGUGUCCAAAAAGGAACUUCGCAAGGGAGUUCGCCAUCAAAUAACUCAAAAUCAACUUCAACUUCUCAAAAAACUUCACAUACUCACACGUCAUCAAGGGCAUCACAUAAAUCAUCACACAAAUCAACGCACAAGAUUACGCAAUCACUUUUAACUCCGCAAGAAUUAGAAGCUGCCGAAGCAGUCGAUGCAGCACAUGUCCUUGUCAUGUCAUCACGUCAAAGAGUAGAUCAACAACGAUCUGUAAAUAUGGAUCACAACAUCGUUUCAAGCAUUAAUCAAUACCCUGAAUUGAAUGGAGGUGGUAGUAUUGUAAAUAAUAACAUGAAUGGAAUCGAGAAUAACCAACGUGGUAUAAGGUUCUAUGGAAAUAACACACCUGUAGACUAUUCAAUUUCGAAUGGUAUAAACGACGAGGGUAUUUUAAAAGAAGAGAUCGGGUUGACACCACAUAAUAGAGGUCAUAAGAUGAAAAACCGCGCCGCUGCUUUAGACGGCGGUGUUAGGUUGCGAGCACCCUAUGGGUACCAAGAAGAAUUGGAACCUGUUGAUGUACCCAACGGUUCGCGACACCACAUCAUAUAUCGUAUUCAUAAGGCCGAUGUUGAGAACUUCACAGAGUUUGAUGGGGAUCCAACGGAUAAUCCAUACAAGGACAUCGACAUUAAGGAAAUUCUUAGUCCGCUAAAAAGACCCGAAGAUGCUGUUCGUAAAUCUCAUUGUUUAAAUGUACUAAAAAGUCAACAUCUAGAUUCAUUGGCAACUUCAUUACGUGAAAAAAUAGAGCAAGAAAAUAAUUAUAGGAAGAAAAUUAGUAGAUUAAUGGAUAUUUUACAAGGCGAUGACGUUAUGUAUCAGGACUUAGACUUUCGACUUAAUCCACCUCCGGAAACUGUCAGUACACGUGUGGUUAAAGCAGAAGAGGUUGAAUGCGGAUUAAGUUUUGGAGUCCUGAAUGUUGGUUUGCAAGGAAGCGACCGAAGUAAAGGCAAACUUGCACAAGAGACAAAGGAUCAAGGUUUGGAGAUACUAAUUCAAGUUCGCAAUCAAUUACAAUCCCAACUUGAAUCUAGUAACGAAAUCCUCCGGUCAUACAUCAAAAUACAUGAGGGUUUAUUAAAUGCGAUCCGACGAAGAAAUCAAGUCUAUAGUAAGCUGCGCGAAAUUGAUAAACAACGUAAAAUAGAAGAAAGACGGGAAGCAGACCGUCGCAUAGAUGUAUAUUCAGGUCAAGGAAAAUGA